AUGUCGGCCGACCAGUCCAAGGCAUCGUCCUCGGCCUCAUCGAGCCCCCAAGAAGCGCCACAACCGCCUCCCCUAGUCGCCCACUAUCCCCCGUCGUACGCCGGCCAUUACCCGCCUCCUGGGUCGUAUCCAUCUUUCUACGCCUACCCCGUUCCUCCAGAUCCCGCUCACCACGACCCCAAUCCUCCCAAUGGCGGCGCUCCCCCGCCCAUGGCCCCGUACUUCAUGGCAAUGCCGCCUCCGCCUCCCGGAAUGGUCUAUGCAUAUCCCAUGCCCCAACCCGCCCCAGGCUAUCCGUUCGCUGCCAGUCUGCCACCCCAGCAGCCUCCUCCGAAGUCGAAGCGCAAACAAGUGAAAAUGGCGUGCACUAAUUGUGCGGGCGCGUGCAAGCGCUGUGACGAGGCUCGGCCGUGCGAGCGAUGCGUCAAGUAUGGGCUUGCGGAGACUUGCGUGGACGGAACUCGCAAGGAGCGCAAGAAGGGUAUCAAGCGCGGCCCUUACAAGCGCAAGAACAGAGCAUCUAGCGGUGACGGGUCCCCAGGUCUCCCGCCGAGGCCCAGCCCCCGUACCUCCGCCUCCAUCCGGCUAUCCCAUGCCUCGGAGGGCUACCCCUUCCCCUACGUUCCGGCCCCCGCCGACGGCCAACCCCACGCUGAGGGCGCGCCCAACGGCGCGCCGCCCGCGAUGCCCCAUCCAUUCUACUCGCCAUACCAUGCCAUGUACCCUCACCCGUAUGGCGCGUACCCUGGCGCCCCACCUAUGGGCUACCCUCCCCUGGUCCCCGCCCCAUGGCCGCCUCGCCUAGCACUCCGCAUCCGCCGUGGAAGGCGGAAAGAGCAAAAGCGCGCAAGGGGCAAGAGCGGCGCUGGCGAGGACGCCGCAAGCAGGACGGCGAAGAAGACCAAGGAUGCCCCACCCCCUCCAGGCGAAGAAGCACCUCUGCCCCCGCCUGGCGCUCCUGCGACCGCGGACGCCAACGCGAGCGACAAGGCCCCCGAGGUGCGGGCCCAGGUGCAGAUGCAGACGGCCACGAGCUCGGCGCCCCCUCCCCCUCCGACAUUCGCUAGCGCGGAAACUAUCACGCCCGGGCCCGCGUUCAACGGGCCGGAACCGCGCCCUCUCAUGGCUGCCAUGUGA